CCCAAUGUCAUGUCCACACUGCGCUUUCAAUAUGGGAGCUACUGAAGAAACCAACUGGCAGGCUCGGGUAGCCAAAAAGCAGCAAGACUGCGCCGAUAAAAUCCCCAAGGAAUGGAGAGUCUCAGAAGACCUUCUGGCGCCUUUCAAAGCGCCUCUAGCCGAAAACAAGAAUGACUUUGUUCGAGCCAAGGUAAUCCACAAGUCGGGGAUCCUGACAGAGCGAGAACUCAAGAUUACGGAAGGAUAUACCGUGCGGGAGCUUCUGUCGGCGUUGGCAAGUGGCAGCUUGAGUGCCGCGGAGGUGACCCUGGCGUAUUGUAAGCGUGCAGCAGUUGCGCAGCAAUUGGUAGGAUGUCUUACAGAGACAAUGUUUACAGAAGCCCUAGAACGAGCGCGGUAUCUGGACAACCUUCGGGAACAUGGCCAACUGGUCGGUCCUCUUCAUGGGCUCCCUAUCAGUAUCAAGGAUAACUUCCAUUAUAAAGGAACCAAUGCAAGCAUUGGGAUCGUUGCGUUUCUUGAUGAGGUUUCGACCGAGAACUCCCCCUUGGUGGAUAUCCUGUUGAAGCUUGGUGCUGUGAUCUAUGUGAAGACGAACGUACCUCAGACGAUGAUGACGACUGACUCUCACAAUAAUGUAUUCGGACGCACUUUGAACCCCUGGAAUACCGCCAUUGGUCCUGGUGGCUCGAGUGGUGGAGAGGGAGCUCUUAUUGCUCUACGAGGCUCGCCCUUGGGUGUUGGCACCGACGUCGGCGGAUCUGUGCGAAUCCCUGCCCUUUGCUGUGGAACAUAUGGUUUCCGUCCUAGUGCUCAGCGAGUCCCUAAUGGCGGAAUGCGCAGCUGCAACACCAGCGGGAUGCGAUUCAUUCUCUCUUGCGCCGGCCCACUGUGUCUGGAUCUAGAGGGAAUAGAGACCUUUUUUGAAACCCUCUUUACUACUCAACCUUCUCUCUAUGACUCCACUGUCCUCGACAUUCCAUGGAGAGAGGUGACCGAAAAGCAAAGCCUCAAAAUUGGAGUCAUCGGUGAGCAUCCCGUCUUCCCUCUCCACCCACCUGUCCGGAGGGCCCUCGCGGAAGCAACGCGCCUGCUGGAAGCGCAGGGCCACCAAAUAAUCCACAUACCCACGGAGGAGUCCCUCAUCAUGGAGCUCAAUGAAGUAGCCGGGGGCAUUUUCUCUCUAGAUCCGAGGGCCAUAAGCCAUGUCCUGGAGUCUGGAGAGCCCAUCAUCCCAGGUAUUCUCCAUAUCAGGCAGCAGGUCGAGAAAGUGAGAGGAUUCUACCCCUCUACUCUACCGGAUCUGAGUGCUCUGGAUCGCUUGGAUAAAUUGGCGGUUCUAAACACGCGGAGGGCAGCGCUGCGGGAAUCAUACCGCAAGAUGUGGCUCCGGCACGAACUCGAUGUUUGUCUUGCGCCACCCGCCCAAACCACCGCGGUGAAACACGAUAUGUUUGGUUUUGCCCCUUAUACGAUAUUCUUGAACUGUCUUGAUUACCCAUCGUGUAUUAUUCCGUUUGGACAUGUGAGUGAGGUGGAUGCAGAGGACACAUUCCAACUUGGUGAUAAGCAGAUUGCACCUGACUAUGACUUCGAGCUUCUCAACGGUGCACCACGCGCCCUUCAGGUGUUUACUAUGAACCUGCACGAUGAAGAGUGCUUGGAGAUUGCAAAGCAGAUUGACAAGUGUGUAAAUGGCGGCAGAUCUGACUGAGGGUUUUCAGUCAAGGAUACACGAAUAAUUAUCGUACAUGAUAGAAGCAUAGCUCGAUGUAAUACAAAGCAUCCAUUCCCUUGAAAAGGUUGUAUCUACGGAGAGUUUAC